AUGUCGGUUAAGAGUGGACGGCCACCUCCCCGUCCAAUGGACAGUGCUAUUGGCAGUCCAUACACCCCAACUGGGGCUGAUAUGGGCCUUGGAUUGCAAGCCAUCUAUCGAGCUUGCCAUCGCCUCUACCCUGACCAGCCUAGUCCCCUUCAAGUCACAGCUUUGAGGAAAUUCUGGAUGGGUGGACCGGAUCCUCUCGACUACAUCUAUAUGUUCUCUAAUCCGGGUUCCCCCGAGGCUCGUAGUUCACCACAUUGGCACUAUGUCACCAAUGGACUUUCUGAUCUCUACGGUGAUGCGAGGCUGCAUAAUUGUUCAACCUCUGUGGACGGUCCAAGCGGUUUUGGUUUCGAGUUAACUUUUCGUCUUCGCCGUGAGCCGGGCGAAAAAAGCCCGCCUACCUGGCCAGCUCAUUUGCUGCAGAGUCUUGCUCGUUACGUUUUUCGAUCCCAGGCCCAAUUGUUGCCCGGUGAUCACAUUCCCUGGCACUGUCCUCUCGAUCAACUUCCUUCUGCGUCCACUUCAAGUAAUGCUACUCCCGGGGGACCUCCUGCUCAACAAACAAAGAAUUCCUCCCCCGCUGCCACCAGUUUACAACAACAGCAGCAGCAACAACAACAACAAUCUGUCGCCAUGGCAGCUGUCGCCGCAGCUGCUUCCCUGAUCGCAGCUCAAGCGUCAAAUCAGGGUGGAGAACCCAUUGACCCGGCGACCUACUCAUCUGCCUUGGCCGCAGCCGUUUCUGCAGCUCAGGCUGAGUAUGCGAAGCGAACGCAAAACAAGCAGCAGCAGCAGCAGAAAAUAGCUAGUCAACCAGAGACUUCAAGGAUUCGACACAUGCUUCUAGUGGACGAUCCACAGUUGGCGAAGAUCAACACGCCUUAUGGUUGGGUUCGAUUUCUUCAGGUAGGUGAUGAUUAA